GCAGAGUGAAGGGGCAACAGGCUGUCAAGAGUGGCAGUAGUUGGGGGCUCCCAGCUAUUGAAAAGCCACAUAGAGUCUUUGCAUACUGCCUGAGGAAUUAAUUCCUUAUUUAACGUUCCUAAUUGCUGGAUCGAUUUAACAGGACUGGAGCUAACAUUUGCUUGGAUUUGGCCCCAUUGAUAGGGAACUGCCUGCUGCAUCCUCCGCUUUGAAGUCACCCUGGUCUUUGGGCCUCCAGCACCUUCUUCAGCAUGUCCAACCCACCUAAGAGGUGUAUGAUACUGGUGUUCCACUGGGUUAGGAAGACGCCCCUGACAGAGAAGCCGUGCUCUACCAUCUCGGCCAGACCUUCUGCCUCUGCACCGGCUUGCAACACUCCUCACAUUUCCCCCUACUUCACGAGGAGCAAGACACAAGCCGCUCCGCUCCGGAGGUCCAGCAGGCACAAGGUGCUGCGAUUUCCGAAUCUCACCGACCCCAGGUUUUUAAGAUCGGUCAUUGGCAGCGUUGGCCGGAAGAGAGCCCGCAGGCGUGGCAAGCCAAAGAAGACUCCAGCGUAAACAGGAAAAGGGGAAGCGGCCUACUGGAGUUGCCAUUGACAACCACUCUCAGCCUCCUUUUUCCCCUUCUGGCCCAGCAUGCUUUGUGCGCACCCAACAUGGCGGCGCCCAGCCCCAGCACGUCCCGACCGGCGCCCGCUUUCCCUUUCCCCUUCUCCGCCUCGACGGCUGGGGCUGAAAAACCCGCGGAGGGGCAGCCUCUGCCGGCCGCUGAACUGAAUAAGAAGAAGCUGCCCUGUUAGGCCUGCACGGACUUCAGGAGUUGGAAUAUUGUCUAAUAUUGUCUUUAUUACUGUUCUGUUUGUAAUCUUGCCUUGUUUUUUUCUUUUUUGAGUAUCAAUUAAAUAAAUAAUAAUAAAAAACAAUACCCUGGACCAAUCAGCAAUCCAUGGCUUUGUAGGAGAGGAGGAGGGUGGCUGCUGUCACAAAAAUGGUGGAGAGUAGUAAGAGAAAAUUCUGCAAAGUGGCCUUUUCUCUUUUGGGGAGAGAAAAUGAAAAAUCUCAGGCAUUUUCUUAGAAAAAUUUCCUUUGAAAAUCUAACCUUUGUUAUUAUGGUCAAUGAUCAUCAUUAAGAAACUGGGAUAAAACAACUCUAAUUUGCCUUUGAUGUGUUUAUAGAUAAAUACUAAUUCUGCAUUGGACUGCCACUUUUCUUGGUCGUUGGCUGUAUUCCCAAGCUUUUAACAGCAGGCUAUCAUGCAGUAAUUAAGCACUGGAAGUUUUCCCAAUUACUUCCACUCACUCUGCCAAUUUCCAGGGUCUCAGCCUCUGAUUGUCAUGCAGAUGUGUUUUUCCAUUAAAAAAAAGCUUGUAUGUAAAUAAUUUAAAACCAUUUCUUCUUUUACAUAUAAAAUAUUUUUAAAAACAUACAUGAUUGUAACAUUCAUGUGGAUGGUAACAAGUGCAGUUAUUAUAGCCUGUACGUAUAAUCCAAAGGAAACAAGCAAACUAAAAGAACCUGCAGUCCAUAGAAUCAAUUCAGUGUCAUACAUGUAAAUACACUCAGUUAUAGAACUAGGAUUAAUAAGGCAUUGGCUGGCAAACAUGUUUGAUGGGGGAAACUAAACUAUGAAGCUGAGUCAGGAACUGGAAAUACAAGGCGAAGUGAGAACACUGGCAGUCCUGUGUCUGCAGCCUCUCAUUCUAAAUGUACUUCGAACAGCUAGACUGGUGACUGGGAGUGGCCACCGGGACCACAUAACACCGGUUCUGAGAGAUCUGCAUUGGCUCCCAGUACGUUUCCGAGCACAAUUCAAAGUAUUGGUGCUGACCUUUAAAGCCCUAAACGGCCUUGGUCCUGUAUACCUGAAGGAGCGUCUCCACCCCCAUCGCUCAGCCCGGACACUGAGGUCCAGCUCCGAGGGCCUUUUGGCGCUUCCCUCAUUGCGAGAAGUGAGGUUACAGGGAACCAGACAGAGGGCCUUCUCGGUAGUGGCGCCCACCCUGUGGAACACCCUCCCUUUAGAUGUGGAGGAAAUAAGCAGCUAUCCUUUCUUUAAAAUACAUCUGAAGGCAGCCCUGUUCAGGGAAGUUUUUAAUAUUUAACGCUAUACUGUUUUUAACACUUUAUUGGGAGCCGCCCAGAGUGGCUGGGGAAACUCAGCCAGAUGGGCUGGGGAUAAAUAAUAAAUUAUUAUUAUUAUUAUUAUUAUUAUUAUUCUGUAAAACAAGAAAAUAUUUAAUAAAAUUAUUAUUAUUAUUAUUAUUUUAAAAAAAGAUUUCAGGCAGGAUCUCUCUCAGUCCCACCAGGAGAUGCUGGGGACUGAACCUGAUGCCUUCUGCAUGCUAAGCAGUUGUUCUACCACUGAGCUAUGGCCCUAGCUCACAAUAUUGCUGUCAGGAUAAAAUGGAGAAGGUGGAGGCAGAAGUGUAUAUGCUCUGUGGAGGAAAGGUGGGAUAGAAGUAUAAGAAGGAAUACAGUAUGUAAAGUAGCCUAUAAGUGAAUAAACUACAGUAUAUUUUUAACUUACUCUCCUAAUAAUUUGUAUAUAAAUUAUAAAAGUGGUAUAUAAAUUUGGUAUUUUUUUUUUAAAAAGAGGAAAUGUUCAGACUUUCAAACAGUAUGUUAUGCCUGAGCCUUCAUUGCUGAAACUCCCAACAGCAUUUUCAUGCUCACAAACACCUGAUGAAGGCUUAAGGAACCAUUGUGACAUAACCCAUUCAAGCAGAGUGAAGGGGCAACAGGCUGUCAAGAGUGGCAGUAGUUGGGGGCUCCCAGCUAUCAAAAAGCCACAUAGAGUCUUUGCAUACUGCCUGAGGAAUUAAAUCCUUAUUUAACGUUCCUACUUGCUGGAUCGAUUUAACAGGACUGGAGCUAACAUUUGCUUGGAUUUGGCCCCAUUGAUAGGGAACUGCCUGCUGCAUCCUCCGCUUUGAAGUCACCCUGGUCUUUGGGCCUCCAGCACCUUCUUCAGCAUGUCCAACCCAUCCAAGAGGCGUAUGAUACUGGUGUUCCACUGGGUUAGGAAGACACCCCUGGCAGAGAAGCCGUGCUCUACCAUCUCGGCCAGACCUUCUGCCUCUGCACCGGCUUGCAACACUCCUCACAUUUCGCCCUACUUCACGAGGAGCAAGACACAACCCGCUCCGCUCAGGAGGUCCAGCAGGCGCAAGGUGCUGCGAUUUCCGAAUCUCACUGACCCCAAGUUUUUAAGAUCUAUCAUAGGCAGCGUUGGCCGGAAGAGAGCCCACAGGCGUGGCAAGCCAAAGAAGACUCCAGCGUAACCAGGAAAAGGGGAAGCAGCCUACUGGAGUUGCCACUGACAACCACUCUCAGCCUCCUUUUUCCCCUUCUGGCCCAGCAUGCUUCGCGUGCACCCAACAUGACGGCGCCCAGCCUCAGCACGUCCCGACGGGAGGUCGGGACUAUAGUUCAAGGACUGCUUUUUGCUUUA